AAUACCCAAGUUGAAAAUAAAAUCCAUUUCACAUGGUGGCUAUAAACCCCACAAAAGAAAAUAAAACUCAUGUCGCUUGCUGAUAUACUGCAGGAGGGACUCUACGAAAUGGCUGCUCUACAGGGUAAAAUACGCGUCCUCUGUGGCGGUAAGUUCUGUGUAAAAGGCGCUGUGAACGGCUGAUUUCAACAUUUGAGCCAAAAUUACUAACAACUUGCACCAAAUGAUAAAUUUGGUGCAUGUCCACGGAAACCAAAGUGAAAAAAAAAAAGGGAAAAAGAAACUGUCAACGGGCAAAAUUGAUAAAUACCCCCCAAUGUGUUUAAAAGAAACUGUUAAAUGGCAAAACUGGGAGCACAAAUGCAGUUUAAAUCCAUGUUUCAUGGUCCUGACAUUUGUAGCAUGUAGCAUGACAGAGAAGAUCAGGAAAAAACUGCCGGCAGGUUAAUGUGUCCUAAUGCUUAUUUAAGGGGGCAGUAAACCUAUCGUCUGUCUGAUAUUUCUUUCCAAUGCUGGUGAAUUCAUUCGGUUGUUUCCUGUUAUCGAUCAAUAAAGGUACAUUUAAGAGUUUGACGUGGAGCACAUGACUAACAUGGCUCGGAGGAAAAGCUCCGAUUGUCGGGCUCUGCCCGAAUAUGAGAAGAGCCAGAUAAAGAGGACUCUUGAAUUGGGCACUGUAAUGACUAUCUAUAACUACAAGACAUCUAAGCCAGAGCGGAGAACAGUCCAAGUCAUAAUGGAAACCUUUCAGGUGGCCUGGAAUAAGACCGCUGAUAAACUUGAAGGAUUCUUGGACCUGUCUGAAAUCAAAGAAAUCCGUCAGGGAAAAAACUGCAGGGACUUUGAGCGCGGAAAAGUAUCACGCCUGAAGGAGGAUUGCUGCUUCACUAUUUUCUAUGGAAGCCAGUUUGUUCUUAACACUUUAAGUCUGGAAACGGACUCUGUGACGGAUGCUGAGAAGUGGAAAUGUGGCUUGAAUAUUUUACUUGACGAAGUGAAUUUGGCUUCCACGCCAACCAUCAUAGAAAGCUGGCUGAGAAAGCAGAUAUACUCCGUGGAUCAGACCAGAAGAAACAGUAUUAGCAUUCGAGAGCUGAAGACAAUACUCUUCCAGAUUAACUUCAAAGUCAGCAGUGCAAAAUCACUGAAAGACAAGCUGGUGGACAUUGGGAUCCACAGAGAUGACCUCAGUUUUGAGCAUGUACAUAUGUUCUACAAGAAAAUGAUGUUUGAUUAUCAGAGAUCUAUUCUGGAUGAAUUCAGGAAGGAUUCUUCAGUAUUUAUUUUGGGAAAUGUUGAUCGAGCUGAAGCUUCCGCUGUUCAUUUGCAUGACUUUCAAAGGUUUUUACAACAUGAACAACAGGAAUCUUCGGCCCAGGAUCUUAAUAAAGUUCGUGAACGCAUGACCAAAUUCAUUGAUGACACUAUGAGGGAAACAGCGGAGCCCUUUUUAUAUGUGGACGAGUUUCUGACCUACUUAUUUUCAAAAGAAAACAGCAUCUGGGAUGAGAAAUAUGAUGAGAUUACCAUACAGAACAUGAAUAAUCCGCUGUCACAUUACUGGAUUUCUUCCUCACAUAAUACGUAUUUAACAGGAGACCAGCUGCGCAGUGAGUCGUCUACAGAAGCUUAUGUGCGGUGUCUGCGGAUGGGGUGCCGAUGUAUUGAGUUGGACUGCUGGGACGGCCCUGAUGGAAAGCCAAUUAUUUAUCACGGAUGGACAAGAACAACGAAAAUUAAAUUUGACGACGUGGUGCAAGCUAUUAAGGACCAUGCAUUUGUCACCUCUGAUUACCCAGUUAUACUCUCCAUUGAAGAACAUUGUACGGUGGAGCAGCAGAGGUACAUGGCCAAGGUGUUUAAAGAAGUGUUUGGUGAAAUGCUAUUGAACAAACCCAUUGAAGCAAGUGCAGAUCAGCUACCAUCUCCUACACAGCUAAAGGAGAAAAUCAUUAUCAAGCAUAAAAAAUUGGGAUCCCAUGGAGAUUGUGUCAUCAACGCAAAUGACCAUACGGAGGAAACUAAACUUCAGGGAGAACUGUAUAUGUGGGAUGCAAUAGAUCUGAAAUGGUCGGUCCAUUAUUGUGCCAUUGCUGGUGAUAAAUUGUCAUAUGGAGAUGAGAUUGAACAGAGUACAGAUGAUUCUGCACCUAAGUCAAUGAAAGAUCAGCAUUUGCAAGAAAAAUGGUUCCACGGUGGGAUGAGUGAAGGGCGAUUCAUGGCUGAGCGUCUUCUGCAGGAGUACUGUGCGGAGAUGGGGGGCAAAGAUGGAACAUUCUUAGUGAGACAAAGUGGAACUUACCAGGAUAACUAUACUCUCUCUUUCUGGAGAUCAGGUAGAGUGCAACACUGUCUAAUCCGCUCCUGUACAGAUGGAGAGUAUGUAAAGUAUUGCCUUACGGACAACUUAACAUUCAAUAGCGUUUAUGAACUGAUACAACACUACAAAGAGUCCUCGCUGCGCUGUUCCGAAUUUGAGCUGAGAUUAACAGAUGGCGUUCCCAACCCCAAUCCACAUUUAUCUAAGCCAUGGUACUAUGAAAACCUUAGUCGAGGAGAAGCAGAGGAAAUGUUGAUGAGAAUUCCUCGGGAUGGAGCUUUUCUGAUACGAACAAGAGACAACCCAGACUCUUAUGCUAUUACUUUCAGGGCAGAGGGAAAAAUUAAGCACUGCAGAAUCCAAAAAGAUGGCCGUCUGUUUGUUCUUGGGACUUCUGCCUAUUUUGAGAAUUUGGUGGAGCUGGUGAAUUAUUAUGAGAAGCAUGCUUUGUACAGAAAAAUUAAGUUACGGUACCCGGUGACUGAAGAACUACUGACAAGACUGACUGCUGAAAAGGAUGGGGGCACCAUUUAUGGUACUUAUGUGGAUCCCAAAGAUAUCUCACCAGCCAUGCCACAAGGAACAGUUAGAGCGUUAUACAGCUACAUGGCUACGAGAAAUGAUGAGCUGAGCUUCUGCACAGGCGCCCUGAUUCACAAUGUUGCUAAAGUCUCUGAUGGAUGGUGGAAAGGGGACUAUGGAGAUAAGCUGCAGGGCUACUUUCCAUCAAAUUAUGUAGAGGAUAUAUCAACGAAUGAUGAGGGAUUUACCAAUCAGAAUAUUGAAGACAAUCCCUUGGGGGCUAUGUGUAGAGGUAUCCUGGAUCUUGGGGCAUAUGAAAUUAAGAAACUGGUACAAGGUAAACACAACAAGCUGUUUGUCUUUUCACUGGAACCUAAGGACCAAAAGGAUCCGGCAGUAGAUUUUGCAGCUGAGAAUGUAGAAGACCUAUUUGAAUGGACUAAAAAUAUAUAUGCGAUUAUACACCAAAAAAGAGCAGCGGAUUAUUACUUAAAUACCUGUGAGAAGAAUCAGGUUAUUGCACGAGAGUUGUCAGACUUGGUGAUUUACUGCAAACCAAGGAGUGAAGCCAAGGACAAUUUAGAAAGACCUGAUUUUCGGGAAAUACGAUCAUUUGUUGAGAAUAAAGCAGAAAGCAUCUCAAGGCAGAAGUCCACUGAGCUUCUGAGAUAUAACCGUAAAGCUUUAACUCGGGUGUACCCAAAAGGACCAAGAGUAGACUCCUCCAACUAUGACCCUCUGCACCUCUGGUUAUGUGGAGUCCAGAUGGUGGCUCUAAACUACCAGACACCAGAUCGAUACAUACAGAUAAAUCAUGCCAUGUUCUCCCACAAUGGCCAAUGUGGAUACAUUUUACAACCAGAGUGUAUGAGACAAGACUCCUAUGACCCAAGUGUUUCCAAAAGACAAGGUCAAAUGGUUUUGACCAUUACGGUAAUUGGAGCUCGUCAUUUGCCAAAGCCGGGCCGUGGUAUUGCCUGUCCAUUUGUAGAGGUAGAGAUAUGUGGUGGACAAUAUGACAACAACAAGUUCCGAACAAGUGUAGUCAAUGACAAUGGCUUAAACCCUGUGUGGACAGCUAUCCAGCAGAAAGCCUUGUUCGAGAUCCAUGAACCAGACCUGGCAUUCCUAAGGUUUGUGGUAUAUGAGGAAGAUGUGUUCAGUGACCCCAACUUCUUGGCGCAAAGUACAUUUCCUUUAAAGGGAAUUAAAACAGGUUACAGAUCAGUGCCUCUGAAAAAUGGUUAUGGUGAAAAUAUAGAACUGGCUUCCCUUUUGGUCUACUGCCACAUAAAAAAAAACCUGGGAAUGGCCGAAGAGCUGUAUUCAUCAUCUGGAAUGAUAGGCCAUAAUAACGAAAUGGCAUUAUAUAACACACAUAAUACCGUAAGGGGUGUCCCCAACAGAGAACCGAUGCCGAGGCAAUAUGGAGUAAAUGGUAGAGGUGCUGUAAUACCAGAUCCUGUUAGGAGAGCAGGAAUUGGAAAGAUCAAUCCUCGAGUUUCUCCUGAUUUCUAAGGUUAGGUGAGAAACGUAUCAGUAAUAGCAGAUUUUAUUCAUAACGGUUGUCUACUUGAGUGGACAUGUUCUUUGUAUAUUAAAGAAAUUCAAGAACAGAGGCCUUUAAGGAAAAAACGUCUAGCAAUGGUGCCUGCAUGUUAAUGGUUCACAAAAGACCACAAACUUACUAUAGCAUGACCAGUGUCAUCAGGAAUUUUGUAAUUUUACUAAAUAUAAGUGUGAAAACCAGUUCUAAGCUACAUGGGCCACACCCCUUUAUCGGGCAAAACGUAAUGUCUGAAGACCAGAAGAAUGCACUGUCUCAUACUGGAUUGUCAUGGGUCUUCCACCAGAUGGGUUACAUGCUUUGCCUUAAAUUGUUUGCUAUGCUAUGAUGGUGCUCCCAAAUAUAACCCAUCAUGUAGAGCUCAUGUUGUGUGUACUAACUACUGGGGAUGGACCAAUGACAAAAAUGGACUAAAGGACUGGCUUACUCAAGAGCUUUUUACACUUUCAAUGAUGAAAAUGUAUCCACAUUGUACAAUUGAACUGAAAUCAACCUACCUUCCAAUACGGACAUAGAAAAAUGUCUAUUAAUAAUUAAGAACAUUGAGGCUUUGUCCAAAGUUGUGUGUCUUAUUAUUUAUCAAGUGUAAAUUCAGUCCACAAAAUGGUCACCACA